AUGGGAGAGACGGAAGGUGAAGUCGGUGCAGCCGAUACGCGACCCUCUGAGGAGCCCGAAUCGACUCCUGUACAGGAUACGUUAGCGGUCCCGGUGCAGAAACGUCGGAAAGUGAAAUCGCCAACUCCUGGUACGCUGCGCGGUCGCAGCGCUACACCCAUACGCGGCAGGAGUCAAACCCCGUUCUCGCUAUACCUGAAUCGUCGCAGCGCUACGCCUUCGACAUGGCGCAGCAUAACGCCUUUCUUGAAACGCGAGGAGCGCGAGAAAACUCCUUUCGAACUUGGCAGGGAUAUUAAAACUCAAAUCACCUGCAAUAAAGCCGUUUUUGAUCGAGCAUUGGUUAUGGAUAUUACAGAGAGCGAGGAAGUUCAAAAGCCUGUGCGUUACAUAACGACCGAUUUGUCUGUCAUUGAUCGUGCUGCCGUAAUGGAUGUAUCGAAUGUUGAGGUUAUCUACUUGAUUGAGGAGUACGAGGAUGUCGAAGAGGAGGAGGAAAUCAUAGAGGAGGUGAAGCCGAAGAAGAAAGCCAAGGGCAAGAAGGCGCGCACACCACGCAAGUCAGUCGAAAAGGAUGCAAGAUCCGGCUCUAUUUCGGAAGCUGAAGCGGAGUCCGGUGAUAUUGAAAGCGCCGACCGAGAGGAGAGUAUCGAGCCGGAUGAAUUCGAUGAGCCUGUAAAGAAGGGCAAAAAGAAGGCUGCCCCUAAGAAAAAAGAAAAGAAGGAGAAAUCGCCCAGUCCCAAGUUGACCUUGAAAUUGGAAAUGGGCGGCGGUCAAAAGGCCAGUAAGAAAAUGUUUGAGGAAAAACAGGCCGCAGGACCUGCACCCAAGCCACCACCGAAGAAGAGUAAACUUGUCUUGCAAAUGGAGGAGCAGGCCAAGGCAGCGGCUAAAGCUGCCGAAGAUGCAGCAGCUAAAGCAGCUUCUAAGCCCAAAGGCGAAACUUUUGCUGAGCGCCAAGAACGCUUGAAGAAGGAGAAAGAGGAGCAGGACCGCAUUGAAGCAGAGUUGGCCGCGCAGCGGGCGGCCGAACAGGCUGAGGAGGACGAGGAGCCAGAAGAUGAGGGCGGCGAAGAAGAGGACGAAGAGGGUGAUGAAUCACACGCUGGCACUGAGUCGUAUGGCGGCGACUAUGCCGAUGAUGGUGGCAGCGAAUAUCGGGACGAAGAAGCAGACCCAGAGGAAGGUGCUGACGCUGAGGCGGAGGAAGAGGAUGUGGUACCUGAACUGCCAAAGAGCAAGAAGCGCCGUGGCAGCAAUUCAUCUGAGGAGUUCACCAGACCCAAUCCCUACGAUGAGGAACGAUGGCAGCGAAUCGCCGCGGAAGAGGGUGAGGAGUUUAUGCAACAAAUGCGCAAAUACAGUUUGCGCAUACACAAGAGCGAGAAGGAACGUGAUGCCGAAUGGCAGCGUAUACGCGAGCAAGCACGUUUGCCACAUUUCAUUGUCUACUUAACGGAUCGUACCGUUGAAGCUGGCCAUAAUGUGCGUAUUUCUUGUGCUGUCGGCGGUCCCGAGUUGUCGGUGAAAUGGUUCAAGGAUGGUCGGCAAUUGGAGCGUGAUGCCACACAUCGCAUCAUCAACAACAACAACAUUUUGGCAUUGGAGGUGGUAAAUACGACGAUUUUAGAUUCCGGCGAGUACACCUGUGUAGUGGCGAAUUCCAACGAUACCGUUCAGUCGUCUUGUUAUAUAACAAUCUAUGAGAUAUUCAAGGAUGAACCAGCACCUCCUUCAUGCAAGCUCGUCAAAGAGUACUACCAUUUGCGUGACGAUGAGCUCACAAUAGAGUGCCACUUACACGGCGUGCCACGUCCAGUUGUCGUUUGGAUGAAAGGUGGCCUCGAAAUCAAGCCGAGUUACAAGUUUACCAUGCUUGAGGAGGCACAUGGCACCUACAAGUUGCUCAUCUACAAACCGAAUGAUAGGGAUAGCGGUAGUUAUAUCUGUAAGGCAGUGAACUCCAGCGGCGAAGUGCAAAUUAGCCAUCACGUCGAAGUGGCCAAAAAUAGACAUUUCCAUGCGCGCGGCAUCUUCCACGCUCGCGAUCGUCUACAAAAGGACAAGGAGUUGUCGGCAAAGAAGGCCAUGACGGAGGCGCUCAAAUCAAAAGCCGCCUCAGACCUUAAGCGCACCUCACUAGCGGCUGAGGCAAGGGAGCGCGUACAUCGCGCGUCACCCGAGCCAUUGGUUUCGCCGAAGCAAAAACUCACAUUCGCCACACAACUGCGCGAUCGCAUGGCACUGGAAGGAAGCACUGUGCGCUUCGUGUGCACUGUCAUCGGACCGAGCCCCACCUGUCGCUGGAUGAAAGAUGACAAGUGGGUGGUGGCUGGUCCCACUGUUAAGAAUCUAUCCGAGGAAGGCAAGGCCAUACUUGAGGUGAGCAAGGUUACAUCCGAAGCAUCAGGCGUGUACAAGUGUGUGGCCAAGAACGAACAUAGCGAAGUUGAAACGCAGUGCUACUUCAAGGUGUACAGUGCACAGGCUGAUGGCGAUGAACAGGAGCCAAUGUUCGCACUACCACUCAGAGAUGUAUACCACUCGUCGCAGAACGAUUUAAUUAUCGACACGAAGGUGCGCGGCAACCCCCGCCCCAAGAUUACAUGGGUAAAGGACAAUUUACCAGUUGUGCUCGAUGAUCGUCGCGUACAGAUCGAGCAUUUGGACGGUAUCUGUGAGCUGAUCAUUAACAAGCCAACAACGAAUGAUAGCGGUGUGUACACUUGCAUAGCUGAAAAUAAAUUGGGCAGCCAGAAGACCACACACACAGUUGUUGUAGAAGUUGUGCAAUUGUCGCGUCGUUCGAGUUUAUUGUCCAACGUAAUGACCGAAUCGGAUAGCGAAGCUGGCGCUGGAGAAGCGGCUGGCCAAAAGGGUGAGAAGUCCGAAAAGCGCAGCCGUCUUCCAAAAUCCAAGAAGAAGGAUGACGACGAAGCUGAGUCAGGCACCUAUGAGCGUCGCAGUCGCAUUCCCGAUCCCACACCAAAGCAGCAAUUGUACUUCAUUGCGAAUCUAUCGAAUCGCUAUGUAGCCGUGGGCUCUAAGGUUAAACUGCAGGCAGUUGUCGGCGGUCCAGAUGCCACUUUUAAGUGGCAGAAAGAUGAACAAAAUAUUACCUAUGGACCACGCAUACGCAAUAUGAGCCGCGAGGGUUUGGCCUGCUUGGAGUUCCUGAAUCUUGCGCCCGAAGACUCUGGCGUCUACACUUUGACAGCGCAAAAUGAAUUCUGUAAAAUAACCACCUCGGCCUUGAUACACGUUUACUCGCCGAAGGUCAGCAGCGAUGUGGAGCCGAUGUUUACGCGCUCACUGAAAGAAAUCUAUCAUCUGAAUACAAAUGAAUUAAUCUUGGAGACGGGAGUACGUGGCCAGCCUGCGCCGCAGGUAACAUGGUCUAAGGAUAAUUUCGAAAUAAAAAGUGGUGGACGUUUCCAAAUUUUGCAACACCAGGAUGGCACUUGCGAAUUGAUCAUUGAUAGACCCGAUAAAAAGGACUCCGGCAAAUAUGUGGUGCGCGCGGAGAAUAGCGCUGGAAAGAGUGAAAUUUUGCACACGGUGCUUUUUGAGGGUAGUGCUUCUCAUAUCGCUGAGAAUAUCCAUGGUGUAUUCCAUGCUGAUAAGAGCCUGUUGCGUCCCAAGGCAACAGAGGAAGAGAAGAAGCCAGCACCAACAGCGGCAGCAGCCAAAGAAGGUGAUACGACCGAAGGUGAAUCGGAAGAGAAGGACGCAAAGGGCAAAGGCAAGAGUAAGGUUAAGCGAGCAAAGAAAGAGGAGGAAGAAGUUACCUCAUCGGCAACCGAGUAUGCCUCGGAUGCUGGUAGUCUUAAGAAACGUGAAAAGGUUAUCGGCAUUCAUUUCGCUACAUCUGUGCGCGAUCGUGUUGUAGCUGAGGGUUCUAAAGUGAAGAUAUCUUGCUUCUUAGAGUCGAAGGAGCCACAAGUUAAAUGGUUCAAGAACGACGAAGCCAUUCAGAAUGGCCCUAAAAUUAGGGGACGCUACAGUGAAGGCUUAUGCCUGCUGGAAAUAUUCAGUGCUACGGCUGAGGACAGCGGUGUGUACAAGUGCUGGGCGCGUGAUGAAACUGGCGAGGCGUCCACCUUCUGCAAAUUGGAAGUGUAUGCCGAUCCCGGCACUGGCGAUGUACCGCCCACAUUCACGCGCAACAUCAAAGAUACCUAUCAUGGCAAGAUCAAUGAGCUACAGCUGGACGUGCAUGUGCGUGGUCUACCCACACCAACUGUGACUUGGGUUAAGGAUGGUGUUAAAAUUGAAUCAAGCGAAAAGUAUCAGCAAAUCGAUCACGACGAUGGUCUAUGCGAGCUAUUCAUAAUCGAUCCAGUACAGGGCGAUAGUGGCAAAUAUGUGUGUCAGGCUGAAAAUCGUGAAGGAAAAACUGAGAUUACUCACAUUGUGACCGUGGAACCCAGACGCCGACGUCCAGUUUCGCCAUCGAAGGAGGCUAGACCACCAGUGAAGCCAGCAACAGAGGAGGAACAGAAAGAGGGCGAGGAGGGUGAAGAGAAGAAAAAGAAGAGGAAGGCUAAGGACGAUGAGGAGGGUGGCGGUGGUGGCAGACGUGAAGCGCCACCUCCACCAGAUCUAAAGAAAUAUCUAUACCUGAGAAAUUUCCUCUCAAAUCGUACCGUGAAGGCGGGCAGCAACGUUAAAUGGAUGGUCAAUAUCGAUGGACCGGAGCCAACUGCACGUUGGUUCCAUGGCGAUACGCCUAUCGCUUUUGGACCAAAAAGCAAACUGUCCUGCCAGGAUGGUAUUGCAUGGUUGAAUUUGAUAGGCGUAACCGAAGAAGAUGCUGGCCAAUAUACACUGCGCAUCAAAGGUUCGGAGAAUGAGGUGGUUAGCACUUGCGAACUAUUUGUCUACAGAACCGGUGUGGAGGAGUUGGUGGCGCCCGUUUUUACUGUGGGCAUCAAAGAUACCUAUACGAUUAACGAGAAUACACUGGUUCUGGAUUGCCGUGUACGCGGUAAACCACGUCCCGAUGUACAAUGGUUGAAAGGCACCGAACCGCUCAACGAAGGCGAUCGCUAUAACAUUAUCACAUCUGCAGAUGGCCAUACCAAAUUGAUUAUUAACAAUCCGACCGAGAAGGAUUCCGGUCUCUAUGCUUGCGUUGCCCGCAAUGAAGCUGCCGAAAAUAAGAUCACUCACCAAGUCGACUUCGUUGGUCGUGAACGUUUCGCACUCGAGAAGACACACGGCUACUUCCAUCGCGAUCCCAAUAAGCCACACUUUAGUGUACCGCUCAGCAACCAGACGGUUUGUGCCGGCGGUACAGUUGCCAUUUCGGCUGAGUUCAUGAAAUCAUCCACACCACUGGAGGUACAUUGGCUAAGAGAUCGUAAAAAUGUCUCUUCCCUGCCGGGCGUACAAACAUUUAUGGAAGGUGGCGUCUAUACACUGGCUAUAUUAAAUGCACAACCCGAAGUCGAGGGUACGUACACAUGUCGUGCCUCGAAUGCCUUCGGUCGCAUUGAAUCACAUGUGAGUGUUGAUGUGGCUGCCGGUGUACCGAAGGAUGAACGUCCACCGUUGUUCCUGUCCAGACCAGAUACCGAAAUGAAGAUUUUAGUUGGUGAUCCAUUCUCGAUUUCGUUCCGUAUUGCUGGCGACCCGAAACCAAAAUUAUCCUUCUUGAAAGGCACUAAGGACAUAACCAAAUCAGAUAGAGUUAGUAAGGAGGUAUCGGAUGACUACACCAGAUUUACAGUGCAAAGUUCACAAAUCGCCGAUUCGGGUACAUACUUUGUCGUUGCGCGCAACAACUUCGGCACCGACAGAGUAUUUGUGACUGUUGCGGUAAUGCCACGCGCACGCUCCGAAACGCCGACCUCGCCACGCUGGGGACAGCGACUCGAAAGUUUCCCUGACGUUUCAUAUUUCAGAGAUCCUCCAGGUCCCAUCUCCACGGAACCCUUGGUAGUCGACUCCGGUCCCACGCACAUCUCACUCUCUUGGGGUAAGCCGCUGCGCGAUAAUUCUGCGCCUGUUAUCGCCUACCGCGUAGAUGCUUGGAUCGUUGGCCAUGAAGGUGGCGCUAUGUGGAAGGAGCUGGGCCUAACUCCCAUCAAUUCGUUUGACGCCUUCAAUUUGAAGCCGAAUGUUGAAUAUCAUUUCCGUGUUACGCCCAAGAAUCGCUACGGCUGGGGUCCAUCGGUGCAAACUAGUAGUCCACUGCAAGUAGGCGGCGCUGAAUGCCUACCAGAAUUCGUUAAGAUUCUACCCGGUCAGUUGAAGGCCUUGCUGGGCACCCAGCUGACGCUGGAGUGUGCAGUACGUGGUGCGCCACGCCCCCAAAUUGAUUGGUAUAAGGAUGGCAUGCAUAUCAGUCCAUUAGCAGAACGAAUGAGAAUUCGACAAAUCGGCUCGACCUGCACGCUAAUAAUUGCGCCAGUUUCAGAGUUGGAUGCUGGUCGUUACACUUGCGAAGCCACGAACGCCAAGGGCAGGGUAUCGACUUUCGCACGCGUACAAAUUGUCUCCGAUCUGCGUUUGUAUGAAGCCGAUACAAAACUAAAGGAAAUUAUUCAUUCAGAUAAAGUAGCCCCAGCUGGUGACACGCUGCCCAUAUUCACAAUGCGUUUGCGUGAUCGACGCGUGCAAAUGACGUAUCCAGUGCGUCUGACGUGCCAAGUUGUGGCCUAUCCCACACCUGAAGUAUUUUGGUAUAAGGAUGAUCAGCAAAUCGUUGAGAGUCGGCGCUGUCUCAUUACAGACGAUGGGCAAUUCCAUACAAUCGAAUUGGCGAGUACUAUUUUGGAUGAUAGUGGAGUUUAUACUUGCACAGCUAAAAAUGAACUGGGUUCGGUGUCGUGUCAUUGCACAUUGGUCGUGGAUAAGGGCAUACGCGCUUACAUAUCGCCGGAAUUCUACAUGCCGCUCGAUCCUUUGUAUAUUUACCAAGAAGGACAGGAGAUACGGCUCACUGCUAAGGUGGAAGCUUAUCCCACGGUGGGUGUUUCGUGGCACCACAAUGGUGUACGUUUACGUCCCAGCAGACGCAUUUGCGGCACGCUAGACGCCAACGGCUUCGUAGAGUUGGUGAUUGCCGAUGCUACGUUACACGAUGCGGGCAUUUACGUGUGUGUCGCUUCAAAUGCAGUUGGUAAAGUGGAGAGCAGUUGUCGUGUGGUAAUCGAAGAACCCGACGAGGAUCAGCAGCAGAAGGGACAGCGGGCUGGCAGCCACAUACCGGCGAUUGUGAAAUGUGACCUACCAUAUUCCAAACAGCCCAUGUUUGUUGUUAAGCCACGCUCUAGCGAGGCCUAUGAAGGCGAUACGGUCAUCAUAUUCUGCGAAGUUGUUGGCGAUCCAAAGCCGGAAGUAGUGUGGCUGCGUGAUUUCCUCAAUCCGGAAUACUAUAAAGACGCACCACAUUUCCGACCGGUGGGCGACGGACCAGAAUACAGGCUGGAAAUACCCAGUGCCAAGCUGGACUUCACUGGCACUUACUCGGUUAUUGCGAGCAAUUGUCAUGGUGAGGCAAAGGCCGUAAUAUCAUUGCAAAUUUUCGCUAAAGAUAUACUAAAUAAUUUAUCAAUGGAGAAGGGUUCUAUACGUCACGGCAACGUUGAAACCUUCCCGCGCUUCAUUCGCCACCUCCGAGACUUGCGCUGCUGCGAUGGCGACGCCAUCACUUUGGAAUGCCAUGUUGAAGCAUUCCCAGAACCGGUAAUCAUUUGGGAGAAAGAUGGCCGCGUGCUGCCGAGCGGCAAAGACUUGACAAUGUCCUACGAUGGUAUCAAGGCCACCCUUAGCAUACCGCGCAUUUAUCCAGAAGACGAGGGCGAAUAUACCUGCGUCGCUAAGAACAAUCUCGGACGCACACUUUCCUCCGCCUGCAUUAUUGUCGACGUGCCCGAAGAAAAAGAGAACAUGCUGAAUCGUCAGCUAUCACGUCCCAGUGGUUUGCUGUCAGCCAGCUCAACUCCACGUUCAACGCCACGUUCCACACCCAAUCGUUGCUUCUCACCGCGUCGCCUCUCCUAUCGUUCGUCACAAAUCGAUCUGAGCGACGGACGUAUCGGCAGCUAUCGACGCGCAAUGUUGGAUUCGCAUUGCGUAGCUGCGCCGAAAUUCCUUGCCAUUCCCCACAGCCGUGUCGUCGAAGAGGGCGAUAGCGUGCGCUUCCAAUGCGCAAUAGCUGGUCAUCCCACACCCUGGUCCACCUGGGACAAAGAGGGUAUCAUCGUUACGCCUACUGCGCGAAUAGCUGUGAAAGAGGUGGAUGAUUUGCGUUUUCUGGAAAUUGAUGAGGUCACAUUCGAUGAUGCCGGCUUGUACCGCAUUACUUUGGAGAAUGAUUACGGACGUAUUGAGGCUACAGCACGCCUCGAUGUGAUUGGUCGUUCGCGUUACUCACGUUCACCUUCUGCGCGCAGCGUACGUGCAUCCUCAUCACGACGCAAUGCACACAUACAUCGACGCAUUAUGGGACCAUCGACGGCGAUCGGUGGCCGCAUGGCCUUGGCUACCGGCUAUCGUGGAUCCUCUGUGCCAUCCUGUAAGUUCUAUCACAAUGGUUAUGAACUGGAGGAGGAUGAUGAGCGCGUGCAAAUCGUAGUGAACGAACAUGAAGCGCUGCUAUGUAUUGACAAUGUGACCGAAGCCGAUGAGGGCCUGUACACAUGCAUUUUGCAGGGUGAACACGAGCCGCUGCUCACCAGCACCUGGGUGCAGUUCCAGUCAACGGAGGAUGAAGCAUUGGCUGCGCGCCUAAGAGAACCACGCAUUUCCCGUUCACUUCCCACGCAAUUGCAGGCAUACGAACGCGAUACUGUAGAUUUAUGCCUAGAAUUAGAGUGCGCAGAGCCAUAUAGCUACACCUGGACGCGCAACGGUGAGUUGCUACCCGACGAUGAGGACUUCAAUCAAAUCGAUCACGGCAAUGGCAUACUCUGUCUGCGCAUAAACGACGCUUUCGAUUUAGAUUCCGGCGAGUAUGUCUGUGAGGUGCGUACUGCUGCUGGUCUAACUUGCAGCACUGCUUGUCAGCUUAACAUUAUCGAAGCCGAAGAGGAGCGUUUGUCUGCCUUAGCGCAGCAUGAAUGUCAGCCGAUAUUGCUGAAAUCACCGCUGCCUCUACUGACGAAUGUUGGUGCUGCUGAAGUAGCAUUUUGCGCGCGCGUUUACCCACCAGAAGCCAAUGUACAGUGGUUUGUCGGUGGUCGCGAAAUAGUAGAAGAGAAUGAGGAUGAAGCCAGCGAGCAUGAGUCAUUCGACGAUGAUGACGACGACGAGGACAACGACGGCGCAGUGAUAAAGUCGCGUACGACGACGCAUGUAUCCAACGAGCCAGACGGCAUACGCAUACUCCGCAUACAGAACGUCAAACAGCGACAUUGCGGCGAGGUGCAAUUGAGUGUGACACAUCUUGGUAAGCCAAGUUCGACGCUACGCGCUUACACUAGCCUCAUUGUGCUGCCAGGACGCGCGCCCACAGCUGAGCAGACUCCACGUCCACAUACAAGUGACGACGCUGAUAAGACAAUCGAGGCGCUGAUACAGCCCGAGCAGGUCGAGGUGCCUGCAUGCAUUUUGGAGGGACCACAGGAUUGUACCGCUCUCAUCGGUGGCAGCGUUAAGCUAAGCGUCAGCUACGAGGCUGUGCCGCGCGCACAAGCCAGCUGGUUCAAAGGGUGCCGUCCCAUUGUCGAGCAGCGUAACAUUUGUAUACGUAGCAGCGCUAAGCGUUCAACGCUUUUAAUCACCGACAUUGCGGCCGAUGAUAGCGGCAAAUAUACGGUGGAGAUUAUGAAUGCGUUUGGCAGCGAUGCGGCGGCCGCUUCGGUGGCGGUGGAAGGACCACCAGAUGCGCCCAGCGGCAAGCCAAGUAUCUCACAAGGUCCCGAUCGCAUUGCGGUGGCAUGGUGUGGCCCACCCUACGAUGGCGGUUGUAUGAUAACUGGUUUUAUCAUUGAAAUGCAACAGUUGCCUACUGCCGCACAGAAUGUUGAAUGUGACGAAUUGACUGAUGGCGAAAGCGGCGGUUGGCAUGAAAUCGCUACCGUUGUGGACUCAUUAGCGUACACCGUUAAGAAUUUGACACCGAACGCCACAUAUCGAUUUCGUGUGCGCGCCAAAAAUGUACACGGCUGCAGCGCACCCAGUUUGCCCAGUGACGCGGUUGAGUUGCAAGCUCAAGAAGUUUCAACUGAAGACUUCCACAGGCCGAUUAGCGUUAAGUCAGGUGGCGAUUUUAAAAAUCGCUUCGAAGUACUCGAGGAGUUGGGCAAGGGGCGCUUCGGUGUCGUCUAUCGUGUACAGGAACGUGAGGAGACACGACAAAUACUCGCCGCAAAAGUGAUUAAAUGCAUUAAAGCGCAAGAUCGUCAAAAAGUAUUGGAAGAGAUAUCGAUAAUGAAAUCAUUGCAACAUCCGAAGCUAUUGCAACUUGCUGCUUCUUUUGAAAGCCCACGCGAAAUCGUAAUGGUGAUGGAGUACAUCACUGGCGGUGAGCUAUUCGAACGCGUUGUUGCCGACGAUUUCACGCUCACCGAACGCGAUUGCAUACUCUUCCUGCGACAAGUGUGCGAAGGUGUCGCCUACAUGCACACCCAGUCGAUUGUACACUUGGACCUGAAACCAGAAAAUAUUAUGUGCCAUACACGCACCAGCCAUCAAAUUAAAAUAAUCGAUUUCGGUCUGGCACAGCGGCUGAAUAUGAAAACGCCAGUGCGCGUACUAUUUGGCACGCCAGAGUUCAUACCACCCGAGAUAAUUAGUUAUGAACCCAUCGGUUUUCAGUCGGAUAUGUGGAGCGUGGGCGUCAUUUGUUAUGUGCUCUUAUCUGGCUUAUCACCUUUCAUGGGGGACACAGAUGUGGACACUUUCUCGAAUAUAACACGCGCCGAUUACGAUUUCGAUGAUGAAGCUUUCGAUUGUGUAUCACAAGAGGCAAAGGACUUCAUUUCGAAUCUGUUGGUGCAUCGCAAAGAAGAUCGUUGGACAGCAAAACAAUGUUUGGAAUCGAUAUGGCUAACGCAGGAACAUGACGAAAAUCUCAGUAAUAAAAUCUGCACAGACAAACUAAAGAAAUUCAUAAUACGACGCAAGUGGCAGAAAACCGGAAAUGCUAUACGCGCUUUAGGCCGCAUGGCUACGCUCUCUGCUUCGCGUCGCAAUUCCGCCAUUUCCGGCGCUGGAAGUCUACCCAACAGUCCACGACCUUCCAUAUCCGGUCUACAUCACAUCUUUAAUCCGCAUAACGGCACGCACAUGGGUUCAUUGCACGAAGAAGAUGACGACUUUAGCAUUGAGCUGCCGGCGCCAACAACGCUUGAGGCGCAGCGACGCAUACAAAAAACGCUGAAAGUGCGCGACAAAUCGCAAUGUAGCGAACGUAGCGAUUCCGGUUACAGCGAGUGCUCGAACUGCAGCGCAGGUGGAAAUUUGCCGUGCCACUGCAUUGGCUCGACGACUGUGCCGGUGAUAGCACAGCAUAGCGCUGCGGAUGAACUGGCGGCAGCAAACGCAGAGACGCUGCUGUCGCUGGGCGUACCACACCUUGUACUCAAGUCGAAGUUGGAAGAAAUCGCACAGCAAACGGAAAUCGAAUGCAGUACGCGCAGUAGUCAGCGUGGGGAAGGAAGACACGUUGCCGAGGUUGAGUCGACGACAGACUUGGCGCUACCAUGUUUUGAUGAAAAACAUACAGAUACGCUAAGCGCAUUGGGGCAGCAGUUGCGACAAGCGAGUUUGAACACAGCAGCGCCAGCAAUGGAAGAGAGCGCAAUGGAAACGUACUUGCCAGCGCUGGGAACGGAUGCGGUCUUCGUGACAAUGACCGAAGCGCCACCACUGUCUGUGUCACCCACCUCCACCUCGCACGUUAAUGUGCUGGACACUACUGCAGUAUUAGCAUCGCCACCACACCGUGAACCCAUCAUGCGCUCCGACUUCACCAACACCGUUAAGAUGCGCAAGAAAUCGCUGGAGAAUAACGCGCUGCGCGAAAAACCCAAGCAGCAGUCCAAACCGAUUUUCGAAGCAGCGGGAAAAGUUUCACAGUUGAAGAAUAAAUUUAACAACGCGUCUAGCGGCAGCAACAAUGCCAAGGCGGUGAAUUCGGGAAAGUUGGGAGCCACGCAAACAUCACCGCUGCCCAUCAGCGCGCGCGAACAUGGCAAGCAUGCUGCUAACAAACGCUUCGCCUACAAUAGCCAAACAAACGCAGCAACCGCCACAACGAAAUCAACGAACUCAACAUUACAACAACAACAGCAAAAACAGUGCACAUCCAUGCCCAGUUCGCCAUUGUUUGGGCGCGUAUCAGCGCCACUUCGGUUAAGCAGUCGCGUACGUGAGGCGACCGAGCGCUUGGCGCAGCAGCAAACAGCCGCUACCAGCGCGCGACGCAUCGAGGCGCGGCGUUAGUCAACAACGACAACAGCAAAACUUGCAAAUGUAAAUACACAUAGCAGUAGUAGGUAGGGUAGUAGCGGCAAUGCGUUAACGGCAGCAGUAAUACGCGCUGAAGAAAGUCGUUUCCGCGCGCGCGCUUCCCUUAUAAAUUAAAUAAAGCCACGCGCACAGUAAAGGAACCAUCAAAAGCGCAUCUAGAAGCUUUAUAAAUAUUAGAUUAUACGAUGCGCGUCCCCUACCACUGCCGCGUUGUGCUCGAAGUCCAUCGAAUUCGCCAACUGGAUUGAUACAAAACUGAUAUUCUGUUAAUAACGUGUUGAUGUUGUUGUAUAGUAUUUUGUUACCCAAAAAAUCUCGUAAAAGUUUUAUUAUUGUUUUUUAUAGCUUCCUUAUUUAACCUUAACCUACGAACACUCGAAUAAAUCUACAAAUCCAAAUAAAUAUGUAAUACAUACAAUACAUGCUUAUGAGUAUUAUCCAAUGAAAGUAAACGUGUGUGUUCGUGCGCAAACUAUCGCCCACAUCAAUGUGCGCAUGCGCGUUUCGGCGUAUACUUUUUAUGUACACCUACAAAUGCUCACAGAUAAGCGAUGAUAAAACACUUUAAAAGCCGGCACACAUUGUACUACAACAUAGUUUUUGUUCGUUUUUGGAACCGGAUUGAACCCUCCUUUAAGCACUUCUAAAUGUUCGAAUACCUUGUGUUUGUAAGUAUAUAUUUCAUACUCUAUUGCAACACAAAAAUACACAUACAUGCAUAUAUAUUUAUUUAAAAACUCUAUAAAAAAUUCUAAGAAUAAUUGCUCUAACAUAAAUUGUAAUUAUGCAUUACUUAUCAUUACAUUGUUAAUUAUUAGAAAUUAAUUGUUUAAUACUACAAAAAUACAUACAUACACACAUUACAAGUAAAUACCUAAAUAAUUACAUAUAUAAAUAUUACGAUGUUCUUAAAUUUCUUAUUGUAUCAAGACGCUGAGUUGUUUGA